AUAGGAGGGUUUUUUGGCCCGAAAAAUAAUGUUUCUCGCCCUGAAGGGAUGAGACCGCCGUCUGGAAGGACCAGACCGCCGUCUCGCCUCACGCCAGGGACGAGACCGCUUUCUCGCUUGUCCAGACGGCGGUCUUGUCGCCUGAAAAAGGCCGAGACGGCGUUCUGGAUUAUCCAGACGGCGGUCUCGACUUCUGCCUAG